AUGUUGGAUUACGCAUCCGAGGAUGUUGAAGACAUGGAUAGUGAGGCCGAUGACCCAACUCCUGUAAAUACCAGGCAGUGGACUGCCACCUUCACCUACGACCUCUACAUGCAACUCCAGGCCGACGCCCCCGACGAUGCCAAGCUCCGGGACCUUGCCACGAACCUCUGGAAGGUUUACUACAUCGACAUGGAGUACGGUGCCCGCGCGCUCACAACCUGCCUCGAGAUUGCCGUCCAGAACGGCGGCCGCUUCGCCAUGAACCCCUCCUUUGUCGUCAUGCCGGAUGACCAGCUCCACGACACACUGCUCACGCGGCGCCUCCCGACACGCCCCACCACCCAGCCCAAUCCCCUGGCCCACGUCGAGGUCGCGCUCUUCACCGUGAAGCUGCCCGAAGAGUACCACAUCCCGCACUGCAUCGAGCACCUCGUCGGCUCCCGCCCACCUCACCCCGACGGCAAGCAUGAUGCCUCCUCGUCAGACGUCAAGCCCAAGACCGACGUCGACCUGGACAAGGCGCUCAACUUCCUGGACCGCGGGUGCACGGUCCUCAACCUCGCCGUGAAGCACAUCAACCUCGCCUACAUCUCCCCGGUCUGUCCAAAGUCCAAACCUUUCAUCCGUCUAUCUGUCUGA